AUGAGCGGCACCAACGAUGAGGAUGAACAGAACGAUUCGCGACCGUUGCUCGACAGGACCCUACAGGGCUUGAAGCACGAUGCCGAUCGGUUUAUGAAAGAGCUUCAGGAGCAGGAACAGCGGUUCUAUAAGGACCUGGAGAAACAGUCUAAUAGCGGCGGUCCAUUCUCUUCCUUCAAGAAGUUCGUCGAUGGCGGCCUCAGCACUCUGAGCGGGAGUUGGACGAACCUACCGAAACACGUUGUCGAAUUCCGUGAUAAGAUGCAACAAGAGCAGCAACGGAUGCUCGAUGAAGAGCUUGACAUCUCUCGGAGGUGGAAUGGCAGUGACGAUACACCCGACUACAUUACAAUGGAACUCGCAAGGAGCUCGAAGCAAGAGAAGGACGAUGCGAGGUCAGCUACCGCACUCUUGAUGACAGAGUCGUUGCGACGGAAUGAGAAUGUGUCAUUGGGCAGGAUCGAAGCCCUUUACAGCGAUCCAGAAGAUAUGCUAGGCCAACUGGAUCGACUUGCGGAGCCUUUCUUUGGCAUGCGACUGGAGAGAGGUUCGCGGCAGCCCUGGCUCUCGGUGGACUGGUUCAAGCGGAACGCUUACUCCCCCAUCAGGCUGGAAGCACAUCCCGACCUAGCAGGAGAGGGAUCCAAGUGGCGAGCUGCAUUUGAGGACCUGCUUGAUGCAACGCUCGACAAGCCCAUGUCUUCCAUGGAACGUGUUGGUCUACGAGAACCAUACGGAAAGCCACAGUCCACCUACCAUGGGCCUGGACUAGAAUGGAUGCUGAGUCUGCAGUGCCGUGGCAUACUUCCACCUCUACUUCCCCGCUUCUAUGGAAGUGCAUCCGAGCAUAGCAAGCGUGCACUUGGGAAGCAAACACUUACGGACAUCAUCAAGCAGAAUCGAUCGGAAGUACCUUGGUCAAACCGGUUGUCACCUUUCGACGUCUCCUUGCUACGCAAAGAUAUCUCUGAUCUGUUGUCAGAAGUAGCCACGAAGUCGACGGCUGACACUGAAGCAGAGCCCAUGCCCUUUGGGGUAGGCAGCCCAGAUACUGAGCAAGACCUAUACGACUCGCCGCAUAUAUACCCUGGACUUCACGCGCCCGUCGCCCAGCAUACCCGAACUGUGUUCUCUCCGCUUACAGGCGACAAAGACGAUGACUGGGAAGAGGCAGAUUACGGGCUCUGGACGGCCCUUCACGCAAAGAACUCUGCAACGGUCGCUGAGAUCGUGAACGCUUGGUACGACAAGUACGGUGACAUCGAUGAUCUCGUUCACGAGCCUCUCGACGAGUUCAUGCGUAGACAUGCCUUCGAGUCGCACUCUGAAUGGUUCUCCACCCUGAACGAAGCAAUCCGUCGGAGCGACCUGCCGGACGAUGACUUCUGGAAGCAGAAUGCUCACUCGAAAGAGACUGGUAUGCUCGAGAAGUUGGACAAAGCGCCUUUGCAAGAGAAAUGGCGGAGACGGCAGCUGAUGAGACGUGGUGAUGAACUGGUCGGAUAUCCCCUCACAUGGCCGCUCUGUUCUACCGAGGAGCUCGAAGAGAUGGUAGAGAGAAUGGAGCAGGAGAACGAUAAUUUGGCGGAGAUGACAGGCGGGGACAAAUCUGGUGCCCGAGUUUCGACGGCGCGACGCCUCGACCUGGAAGAUGAAGACAGUCUUGAACAAAUUAAAUGGCUGGAGGAGCUCGAGCAGCACAACAAGCAGCGACUGCUUGAUGCUAGGCGCGAGCAAGACAAGGCAUCUCAAGCGGAAAUACAGAAGCCCCAAUCGAGCUUAGAGAUGCCACAAGUGCUAUCUGCUCUCACCACAACCCAGACCACAAGAAUGCCCGACGGUACUGUUACGACAAAGGUCGUGCUGAAGCGGCGCUUUGCUGACGGAAGAGAAGAGACCGAAGAGAGCUUACAUACGUCGAAGGAGUCUAACUCAGAGCAACAAGAGAAGCAGCCCGAGGCAGAGAGGCCCAAGCAGAAGGGCUGGUUCUGGUCGUAG